CCUCGCCGUCCCCGCUCCUCCCCGACGGCGGAGGGAGGGCGUGAGCGAUGCUGAAGUUGCGCCGCCACCGCCCCGCGCCCUACCGCUGCCCCCCCGGAGGGCGCCGUGCCCGCCGGCACCGGCAGCGACGCCGCGCUGCCGUGAGGAUGCCGCAGCUGCCGGGGGCAGGGGGCGGUGGGGGGGACCCGGAGCUCUGCGCCACCGACGAGAUGAUCCCCUUCAAGGACGAGGGGGAUCCCCAGAAGGAGAAGAUCUUCGCUGAGAUCAGCCACCCGGAGGAGGAGGGCGACCUGGCCGACAUCAAGUCGUCCCUCGUCAAUGAGUCCGAGAUCGCCCCCGGCGCCAACGGGCACGAGGUUUCCAGGCAGAAUCAAGCGCCAGAUUCCUACCAUGAUAAAGGCAGAGAGCACCCCGAGGAAGGAAAGCAUCCAGACAGUGGCUUAUACAGCAAGGGACCAUCAUACUCUGGUUAUUCUGGGUAUAUCAUGAUGCCAAAUAUGAAUAACGACCCAUACAUGCCUAAUGGAUCUCUGUCGCCACCCAUUCCCAGAACAUCAAACAAGGUGCCAGUGGUACAGCCUUCUCAUGCGGUUCACCCUCUCACCCCUCUUAUCACCUACAGCGAUGAGCACUUUUCCCCAGGGUCGCACCCAUCUCACAUCCCCUCUGACGUCAACUCCAAACAAGGCAUGUCCAGGCAUCCUCCAGCUCCUGAUCUCCCUACCUUCUAUCCCUUGUCACCAGGGGGGGUUGGACAGAUAACACCACCUCUUGGCUGGCAAGGUCAGCCUGUAUAUCCCAUCUCGAGUGGAUUCAGGCAGCCCUAUCCAUCCUCACUCUCAGUCGACCCUUCCAUGUCCAGGUUUUCACAUCACAUGAUUCCUGGUCCUCCAGGCCCUCACACAACUGGAAUCCCUCACCCAGCUAUUGUAACACCUCAAGUAAAACAAGAACAUCUGCACAACGACAGUGAGCUAAUGCAUGUGAAGCCUCAGCACGAACAGAGAAAAGAACAAGAGCCAAAAAGACCUCAUAUUAAGAAACCUCUGAAUGCUUUCAUGUUGUACAUGAAAGAAAUGAGAGCGAACGUUGUAGCAGAGUGUACUCUGAAAGAAAGCGCAGCUAUCAACCAGAUUCUUGGCAGAAGGUGGCAUGCUCUCUCCCGUGAAGAACAAGCGAAAUAUUAUGAACUAGCUCGUAAAGAAAGGCAGCUACACAUGCAGCUUUAUCCAGGCUGGUCUGCAAGAGACAACUAUGGAAAGAAAAAGAAGAGGAAGAGAGAAAAGUUGCAGGAAUCAGCAUCAGGUACAGGCCCCAGAAUGACAGCUGCCUACAUCUGAAGCAUGGACAUUUCAAGGAUCUGGUUUAGGCUAACCCCACAAACCAUGGCACAGCUGGGCAGGAAGAGGAGCAGACUGCAGUGCCAGCAUCUAUCUGCUUGCGCCUGAAACUCUCUCCAGCUCUGCUGCUAAAGAAAAUACAAAGGGGCUUCACAAACUGUGUGAACUUUCCUGAUAAAUAAUGACCUGGUUUUGCUACCCAAGUUUCUGGAACAUUGGAUAAACCCUGGCAGUAAGUUGAACAUGUUCGUUAUGGACUUCAAAAGAAAAUGACAGUUUCAGCUACUGGGUCCCUGAAUUUGCCAUUUGUUUGAAGUAUCUGGAUUAAAAAACAGGUUUGGAGACUGACUUUAAAAAAAAUAAAUACAUAAACCUGCCAUUACUAUAUGUAGCCUUUUUUUUCUUUCUCUUGCUUCCUGUGAAGGAUUAUCUAUCUCUUUUACUCUGUACUUACUACUGUACCAACCCAGAUGCUCUUGACUUUCUUCCAUAACUUCUUCCAAAUAGCAUGACCUGGAUGAAGCUGCAUAAUCCUCUCCCUUGUUCUAGAAAAAGGGAGAUGAGUUAAAGACUAGAGGAGGAGUACAAGGCCCUUGUGGACCCACCCUUCAAUCCAUCUCCUUCCCAAGUGUGGGGAGGACUUCUUAUCCCCCUUUGAUGCUCUUGCCCUCAGCCGUUGAGCCCAGACUUCUUAGGAGGCUUGUUUUUUACUGUAGUGAUUCCCAAAAUACAGUUUUAUCACUUCAGUACUAAAGCUUUUCUUUUUACACUGAAUUAUUGUUGAAUUUUAUUUGUUUCUCGAGGUCUGCCCCCCCCCCCCCCCCCCCUUUCCUCCUGCAGUCAGAUGUACACUGCAAAUGGCACAGACAGUGCCUCCUAUUGUGGCUCAGGCUCAAGACUUCACAUAUGUAAAAUGUGACUUGCAGCACUUUCUUUGAAGCCUAACCACAGCCAGGGAGCUGUAAUUGCAGUCUUUGAUUGUGCCGACUUCACUUGUGGAUUGGGCUUUGCUAGGGCAUGCCUUGCUUGGCCAGACUUCAGCUACAGCCCCCCAGUGAAGCCUUAGAUGUGGGAAGUCUUCAGUCUCCUUAGCACAUGCCUGUGGUUUCUUGAAAAGAAUCCCGAUUUGACCUGGUUUAUAUCUGUAAGGCAACACCAUCAUCAUUCGUAUUUUUUAGGUAUUAUUUGGUUUAUCAGCAGUAGAAGCAAUUUCCAGUGUGCAGCCUUAAUGUGCAGCUGGGGAAAGGCUGGGUUCUAGAUGCUGCUUUCAGUAUAGCUACUGUGUAAUUUGCUGUACUGCAGUACUCACUUAGAAAUAAAAGUAUUUGGGGCUUCACUGUGCCUGUCCCCUCACAGAAUUCCAGUAGUAUCUGCAGGCUCUAUUGGAGAAGGCAUAAUCAAGCACCAAGAGGGGCUACGGAAAGGAGGCAAGCGCUGCAAAAGCUGCCUUUGGAUUGAGAAACAAGUGAUGGCUGCUGCUUGAAAAGCUGAGGGCCAGAGCAAGGCCACGGUCGUUGUUUUAACCUCCUGACUUCAAAGACAGCUUGCUGGUAAGGGAAGGGGGGAGGAGGCAGGGAACCA